AUGUCCUCGGUCCAGAUUCCUAACGACUUUAACAGCGUCCUGUACAAGCCCCUCUCUGAGGCCGACCCAGAGGUACAGGAAAUCAUCAACAAUGAGACGUAUCGUCAGUUCACUGGCCUUGAGCUUAUUGCGUCUGAAAACUUGACUUCGCUGGCCACGAUGGAAGCCAACGGUUCGAUCUUGACGAACAAGUACUCGGAAGGUCUCCCAGGCUCGCGUUACUACGGUGGUAACGAGUACAUUGACCAGCUUGAGGCUCUUACGCAAAAGCGCGCCCUUGCUGCUUUCGACCUGGACCCGAACGUGUGGGGAGUCAACGUGCAACCAUACUCUGGUUCCACUGCCAACUUCGCUGCCUUCACAGCUUUGAUUCAGCCACAAGACCGUGUUAUGGGUCUUGGCCUGCCAGAUGGUGGCCAUCUUACGCACGGUUACUACACGGCUAAGAAGAAGAUCACUGCUUCUUCAAUCUACUUCCAGUCUUUCCCUUACCAGGUGAAGCGUGACGACGGGUACAUUGACUACGAGCGUCUCCGUGUGAAUGCCAACCUGUUUAAGCCUCGUCUUAUUGUUUGUGGUGGUUCUGCAUACCCACGUGACUGGGAAUAUAACACUAUCGCUGAGAUUGCCAAGGAGCAGGGUGCUUACCUCCUGUGUGAUAUGGCGCACAUCUCUGGUCUGGUGGCUGGUAAGGAGCAGAACAAUCCCUUCGAGUACUGUGAUGUUGUCACUACGACAACGCACAAGACGCUCCGUGGCCCACGUGCCGGUCUUAUUUUCUUCCGCAAGGACCGUGAACCUGACCUCGAGGCUCGUGUGAAUGCCGCCGUGUUCCCUGCCUGCCAAGGUGGUCCACACAACAACACCAUUGCUGGCAUUGCUGUUGCUCUUAAGCAGGCCGCUGACCCAGCUUUCAAGCAAUAUGCUAAGCAAGUUCGUGCCAACGCGCAGGCCAUUGCCAAGAAGCUGGUUUCUUACGGUUACCGCCUGCAGACGGAAGGCACUGACAACCACCUGGUGCUCUGGGACCUUCGCCCCAUCGGUCUAACGGGCUCUAAGAUUGAAAAGCUUUGCGACCUUGUGCACAUUACGUUGAACAAGAAUGCCGUCGCUGGCGACACGUCGGCUGUCGUGCCUGGUGGUGUUCGUAUCGGUACAAAUGCCCUCACUUCGCGUAGCAUGACCGAAAAAGAUAUGGACCAAAUCGGCGAGUUCCUCCACCGUGCUGUUGAGAUUGCCCAGGUCCUUCAGAAAGAGGCUGGUUCUAAGUUGCUCAAAGACUUCAUUGCCAAGGCUACAACUGGUGAAGGUGAGGGCCGCAAGAUGAUCCUCCAGCUAGCUGAUGAUGUCAAGGCCUUUGCCACAAGCUUCCCUCUCCCCGGCGUUCCUGACACGAGUGUCAUUAAGAAACCUGCUGGCGCGCAUUAA